AUGCCUGGUAAGCGCAACAUGUUGUCACCCUACAGAAGUAAGCGCAUGGAGCAACAGGGUAUGCUAACCAGGGGUUCGUUGGCCAUCGCUAGACGCCGGAGACUUGAACACCUAGAUGUGCUCCCCAUCCAUGUGGAAGGAAUAUCCGCUCUAACCACACUUGGCUAUCUGAUAUUAAGGGCCCCAGAACAUGCAAUGUGUUCAAAUUUUCUGUCAACCGUGGUUGACUGGAACGUCUCGCUUAGGAUAAACAUUGAUCUGCGUGAGGCCAUGAGGAAUGAUCAUCCCGAGGUCAAUCCCUAUUUCAAUAAGUCAGUUCGUUCAACUUUGGACGAGAUCCUACUUGGCUUAGUCGAUCCUCUGAAUGCUCGGUUUCCAAAAAUACGCACCAAAGAUAACGUAUCGUAUCGAGCACGCACAAACCCAGAAAACCUUUGUCACAAGUGUUGUCUUUACGUGAAGCAACUUGAGGCCACGUUGUCCUCAAGUUCUACCGUAUGCAGCCGUGACAUUAGUAAGCAAGGGUUUCGCAACCAAAUGAAUUGGCUCGAUCCUGUCAUAGGAGUCUUCUCUCGACUGUUUGUGAUAAACCAGCCCUUUGAUGAGCCUACAUCCUUUCUAGAUAUGGUGGUCAUAAACAGGGACCAAGGAGGACUGACAUAUAUCAUUACACUAGUGCUUCCUUUAGCCGCCGACUUUUACUCAUCAUGGUUCAUAGAGACAGAGACUUAA